AUGGCGGCACCUUGGCGGCCAUGGGUCAGUGGAUUGUUGUCCGGAUCGCGUUCCUCUCUUGUAUGCCGGCCUUUGCAAAAUGUGGUAUCACGGGAUGUGCUACUCUUCCACCAUGAGCGGGGCCGUUUCUUUGCCAUCCUUGGACUGUUUUGCGCCAGCCAGGGCAUCUUCUGGACCUCCCUGGCUGUUGCAGCCUUCUCCCGACCUCUGAUCCGGAUUUCUGGAGAGGCUCCCAACCAGAGCUACACGGACCUGCGCUCCGCACUUUCGCGAUACGGGCUAGCUAUUGGUUGCGGCACGAUGGGAGCCUUGGUUGUUGGUGCUGGUCUUCUCUACUCUCUCCGAUCUGUGCGUUCAGUCAUGCUCCUUGCAGGAGGGCAGCAGGUGACACUUACCACUUAUGCCCCCUUUGGCCCUGGGACACGUUUCACAGUUCCCUUGAAUCAGGUUUCCUGCAUGGCCCACAGAGGUGAAGUUCCUGCCAUGUUGCCUCUGAAGAUCAAAGGCCGACGCUUCUAUUUCCUUUUGGACAAAGCUGGACACUUCCCCAACACUCAACUCUUUGAUAACACUGUGGGUGCUUACCGGAGCCUGUGAAAAGUGGCUUGCCUAUCUAGGAUGAGGAGACAACCAAGGGCAAUGAAAAGGCACCCCGAAUUCACUAAUAGCCAAUAAAUUGUCUUCUAAAGGGCCUGAUGCA